AUGUCUGACCAAUCUGUCGGAGGCUUCUCUGCCGCCCAGCUCUCCCAAAUCCCUCCCUCCACUGAUCCUCAAACCUCUGAGGAGAUCCCUACCCAUGCCCUGUUCCACGGCAACAUUUCCACCCAACUUCCCCAAAAUCGUCCAGAUGUUCAAAGGACAGGCUAUGCAGCCUUCCGUAAUGAGGACCGAGGCCGAAGCGCCUUCGGAAAACUCUUCUGGGAUAUAGAUCCCUACACGUACCUCGCCCUACGAGUGAAAUCCGAUGGGCGUCGGUACUUCGUGAAUAUUCAAACCGACUCCAUUGUGGAGACAGACAUCCAUCAGCAUCGGCUCUACACCCGCGAACACAAAGGCGCCACAAGCCCUUCAGACCCUGGACAAUGGGAGACUGUGCUGAUUAAAUUCCACGAAUUUGUCCGCACCAAUCACGGCGUCGUCACAGAACCUCAAUCCGAAAUGCUACGGCAGAAAGUCAAGAGCUUUGGCAUCGGGCUGAUUGAUCGGCAACCGGGACCAUUUGAGCUUGCUAUCGGUGCGAUUUGGGCUACCAAUCUGAAUGAGAGGGGCCAGAUUGAUGGUAGGAUGGAUCAUGAGGAAGGUGAUCAAGGAAGCGCAAGGUUGAGCGAAGUCACAGAGGAGAAGCUCGCCGCCAGGGCCGAGGAGAAGGCCAAAUUGCCGGAGCAUAAGCCUAGCCUGAGAGAGAGAUUUCCGGAGCAUUUCGGAAAGGUGGGUACAGGAGAUAGAGGGAGACCUGGAGACCCUAAGGGAUACUCGCCUUUUCGAUGA